AUGGAGUCAGAGAGCAGGGGAAGUAUCUUAAUCCAUCUUAAAAACUUUGACACGCACACACACACGCACACACACACACACACACACACACACACACACACACACACACAGUGAUGUUUAAUUGCGGACCCUGAGGAUUGGAGUCUUAAUAUUGUGAAUAGUGUCAAACCACGCGAGCUACGUGAGAACAGCAUGAUCAUAAACGCUGUGUGUGUGUGUGUGUGUGUGUGCGUCAUGAUGCUGGAGUCCUGAUUUUAACCAAACAGAACAGGAUCCUUGAUUUAUUUACUCGUUUCUCUUUGCACUGUUGUGGCAGGUACUGCCCUGAGUGCCCCCCCCCCCCCCCCCCCCCCCCUUCUCUCUCUCUCUCCCUCAAUUCAAUUUCAAUUUAAGGCCUUCAUUGCCAUGAUAAAUGUAUGUUAACAUUGCCAAAGCAAGUGAAAUAGAUAAUAAACAAAAGUGAAAUCAACCAUAAAAUAUUAACAGUAAACAUUACACUCAGAAGUUCCAAAAGAAUAAAGACAUUUCAAAUGUCAUAAAUAUAGGUUGUAUUUACAAUGGUGUUUGUUCUUCACAUCUUGCUGCUGUGAUUGCACACUGUCGUAUUUCACCCAAUAGAUAUGGGAGUAUAUCAAAAUUUGAUUUGUUUUCGAAUUCUUUGUGGGUCUGUGGGAAAUCUGAGGGAAUUUUUUGUGUAUCUAAUAUGGUCAUACAUUUGGCAGGAGGUUAGGAAGUGCAGCUCAGUUUCCACCUCAUUUUGUGGGCAGUGUGCACAUAGCCUGUCUUCUCUUGAGAGCCAGGUCUGCCUUCGGCGGCCUUUCUCCAUAGCAAGGCUAUGCUCACUGAGUCUGUGCAUAGUCAAAGCUUUCCUUAAGUUUGGAUCAGUCACAGUGGUCAGGUAUUCUGCCACUGUGUACUCUCUGUUUAGGGCCAAAUAGCAUUCUAGUUUGCUCUGUGUUUUUAUAAAUUAUUUCCAAUGUGUCAAGUAAUUCUCUUUUAGUUUUCUCAUGAUUUGGUUGGGUCUAAUUGUGUUGUUGUCCUGGGGUUCUGUGGGGUGUAGACAUUACAGUGAAAUGCUUACUUACACGCCCUUAACCAACAAUGCAGUUACAACAAUUACAAAUAAAAGGUGUUAAGUAAAAAAUAGAUAAGUAGAAAAUAAAAAAUUGCAAAUAAUAAAGAGCAGCAGUAAAUUUUAAUAACAGUAGGGAGGCUGUAUACAGGGGGUACCGGUACAGAGUCAAUGUGCAGGGGCACCGGUUAGUCGAGGUAAUUGAGGUAAUAUGUACAUGUGGGUAGAGUUAAAGUGACUAUGCAUAAAUAAUAAACAGAGUAGCAGCAGCGUAAAAGAGGGGGUGGGGUGGGGUGGGGUGGGGUGGGUGGGUGGGGUGGGUGGGGGGGGGGCAAUGCAAAUAGUCCGGGUAGCCAUGAUUACGGGCCCCAUGUAGCUCAGUUGGUAGAGCAUGGCGCUUGCACCGCCAGGGUUGUGGGUUUGUUUCCCACGGGGGGCCUGUAUGAAAAUGUAUGCACUCACUAACUGUAAGUUGCUCUGGAUAAGAGCGUCUGCUAAAUGACUAAAAUGUAAAAAAAAAAAAAAAUUUAUGGCUUGAGACUUGGUGCUCUGGUACCGCUUGCAGUGCAGUAGCAGAGAGAACAGUCUAUGACUAGGGUGGCUGGAGUCUUUGACAAUUUUUAGGGCCUUCGUCUGACACUACCUGGUAUAGAGCUUCUGGAUGGCAGGAAGCUUGACCCCAGUGAUGUACUGGGCCGUACGCACUACCCUCUGUAGUGCCUUGCGGUUGGAGGCCGAGCAGUUGCCAUACCAGGCGGUGAUGCAACCAGUCAGGAUGCUCUCGAUGGUGCAGCUGUAUAACUUUUUGAGGAUCUGAGGACCCAUGGCAAAUAUUUUCAGUCUCCUGAGGGGGAAUAGGCUUUGUCGUGCCCUCUUCACGACUGUCUUGGUGUGUUUGGACCAUGAUAGUUUGUUGGUGAUGUGGACACCAAGGAACUUGAAGCUCUCAACCUGUUCCACUACAGCCCCGUCGAUGAGAAUGGGGGCGUGCUCAGUCCUCUUUUCUUUCCUGUAGUCCACAAUCAUCUCCUUUGUCUUGAUCACGUUGAGGGAGAGGUUGUUAUCCUGGCACCACACGGCCAGGUCUCUGACCUCCUCCCUAUAGGCUGUCUCAUCGUUGUUGGUGAUCAGGCCUACCACUGUUGUGUGGUCGACAAACUUAAUGAUGAUGUUGGAGUGGUGCCUGGCCAUGCAGUCAUGGUUGAACAGGGAGUACAGGAGGGGACUGAGCACGCACCCCUGAGGGGGCCCCGUGUUGAGGAUCAGCAUGGCAGAUGUGUUGUUACCUACCCUUACCACCUGGGGGCGGCCCGUCAGGAAGUCCAGGUGUUUAGUCCCAGGGUCCUUAGCUUAGUGAUGAGCUUUGAGGGCACUAUGGUGUUGAAUGCUGAGCUGUAGUCAAUGAAUAGCAUUCUCACGUAGGUGUUCCUCUUGUCCAGGUGGGAAAGGGCAGUGUGGAGUGAAAUAAAGAUUGCAUCAUCUGUGGAUCUGUUGAGGCGGUAUGCAAAUUGGAGGUGUCUAGGGUUUCUGGGAUAAUGGUGUUGAUGUGAGCCAUGACCAGCCUUUCAAAGCACUUCAUGGCUACAGACGUGAGUGCUACGGGUCAGUAGUCAUUCAGGCAGGUUAUAUUAGUGUUCUUGGGUACAGGGACUAUGGUGGUCUGCUUGAAACAUGUUGGAAUUACAGACUCAGUCAGGCACAUGUUGAAAAUGUCAGUGAAGACACUUGCCAGUUGGUCAGCGCAUGCUCGGAGUACACGUCCUGGUAAUCCGUCUGGCCCUGCAGCCUUGUGAAUGUUGACCUGCUUAAAAGUCUUACUUACAUCGUCUACGGAGAGCGUGAUCACAUAGUCAUGCAUGCUUCAGUGUUGCUUGCCUCGAAGCGAGCAUAGAAGUUAUUUAGCUCGUCUGGUAGGCUCAUGUCACUGGGCAGCUCGCGGCUGUGCUUCCCUUUGUAGUCUGUAAUAGUUUUCAAGCCCUGCCACAUCCGACGAGCGUCAGAGCCGGUGUAGUACGAUUGAAUCUUAGUCCUGUAUUGAUUAUUUGCCUGUUUGAUGGUUCGUCGGAGGGCAUAGCGGGUUUUCUUAUAAGCGUCCCGCUCCUUGAAAUCGGCAGCUCUACCCUUUAGCUCAGUGCGGAUGUUGCCUGUAAUCCAUGGCUUCUGGUUGGGGUAUGUACGUACGGUCACUGUGGGGACGACGUCAUGAUGAAGCAUGAGCAGGAGAAGGAUGAGAAAUCAACAAAGCAUGAGAAGAUUUUGCCUUUGUUUUGGUCUGUUUGUUUGUCAGUUAGGGUGUGCAGGGUGAAUACGUGGUCUGUCGUACGGCAAUUUGGUAAAAAGCCAAUUUGAUAUUUGCUCAGUACAUUGUUUUCACUGAGGAAAUGUACACGUCUGCUGUUAAUGAUAAUGCAGAGGAUUUUCCCAAGGUUGCUGUUGACGCAUGUCCCACGGUAGUUAUUGGGGUCAAAUGUGUCUCCACUUUUGUGGAUUGGGGUGAUCAGUCCUUGGUUCCAAAUAUUGGAGUAGAUGCCAGAGCUGAGGAUGAUGUUGAAGAGUUUAAGUGUAGCCUAUUGGAAUUUGUGGCUGUAUAUUUUAUAAUUUCAUUUAGGAUACCAUCAACCCCACAGGCCUUUUUGGGUUGGAGGGUUUGUAUUUUGUCCUGUAGUUCAUUCAAUGUAAUUGGAGAAUCCAGUGGGUUCUGGUAGUCUUUAAUAGUUGAUUCUAAGAUUUGUAUUUGAUUAUGUAUAUCUUUUUGCUGUUUGUUCUUUGUUAUAGGGCCAAAAAGGUUGGAGAAGUGUUUUACCCAUACUUCUCAGUUUUGUAUAGAUAACUCUUUGUGUUGUUGUUUGUUUUCCAAUUCUCCCAGAAGUGGUUAGAGUCUAUUUAUUCCUCAAUUACAUUGAGCUGAAUUCUGACAUGCUGUUCCUUCUUUUUCUGUAGUGUAUUUCUGUAUUGGUUUAGUGAUUCACCAUAGUGAAGACAUAGGCUCAGGUUUUCUGGGUCUCUGUUUUUGGUUGGUUAGGUUUCUCCAUUUCUUUCUUAGGUUUUUGCAUUCUUCAUCAAACCAUUUGUCAUUGUUGUUAAUUUUCUUAGGUUGUCUGCUUGACAUUUUUAGAUUUGAUAGGGAAGCUGAGUGUCACGCCCUGGCUCUGGGACUCUGUUAUGUUGAGCCAGGGUGUGUGGUUUCUAUGUGUUUUGUGUGCUAGGGUUAUUAUCUAGUUAUUUUGUUUCUAUGUUGGCCGGUGUGGUUUUCAAUCAGAGGCAACGUGUAUCAGCUGUUGCUUGUUGUCUCUGAUUGGGAACCAUACUUAGGCAGCCUGUUUUCCACAGUGUGUUGUGGGAUCUUGUUCCGUUUGGUUUGUGUAACCGUAGGACUUCACGUUUCGUAUCGUUGUUGUUUUGUUCGUGUGAUCAUUCAAAUUAAAAGUAUGUUCGCAUUCCACGCUGCGCCUUGGUCCUCUGUGUAUGACGAUCGUGACACUGAGAGGUCAAAUAUACUGUUUAGGUUUUCUCUCUCUCUCUCUCUCUCUCUCUCUCUCUCUCUCUCUCUCUCUCUCUACUAAAAAGGCUAGGAUUAGGUAGAGACACACCUUGGCAUGUUCACACUGCCAAACUAUGUUCAGUAAAGUUUUAUUUGAAGCUUGUGAAAACUCUGCUCUCCCGCUCCUUCUCUGGAAAUGUUUUACAAACUUGUGCAAGUAUAUGAGUUUUGUAUGUUUGUGUCUGUGGCUCAGCCUGAAGCGAUUAACUGACAGUUUUACUGUCAUCCCCUACCUAUAUGUAACAAAGAAAAAAAAACACACACACACUCCUCCAACCACACUAUUAUGUUUUUAUUCAUCUUACACAAUCACCCGUCACCCCCCUUCCAGUAUAAGAAGCCUACUCUGGUGCAUGUUCAAAGAGAAAUGGAGAGUUGAGCACCAGUGCUACUGCCCUGCUCUCUGCUCUUCCCCCUGCCCAGUGCCCAACCACACUACCUCCCCCCAACCCCAGUUCCCUGCCCCAGCCUUACUGCCCUGUCUCCUGCCCAGUGCCCACGGAACGUAGUUGGCAGAGAGGCUCUCUGUUUGGGUGUGGAGCCUCUGGACCUCCUUCAGUGGUAAGUGGCAGCCUGGCAGUCAACCCACAGUGUGCCAACUAGGGUCAUUUUCCUCUGAGGGACUCCGACUGAGGCAGACUGAACUGGUGCCCAGAGUAGAGAGCACUCACAGGACCCACUGUCUCCUCUGUUUCCAUUCUGUACUGUAGGGGGUUUGGUUGGUUGGUUUGGUUGCUAAGUCUUACCUUACCAGGCCUGAAUAAAGUUGUGUUACGUUGAGCCCUAUUCUACUCUAAUCUACUCUAUUAUUUUUUUUUACAUUUUAGUCAUUCUUAUCCAGAGCGACUUACAGUUAGUGAGUGCAUACAAUUCAUUUUUUUAUUUCAUUUUUUUUUAUACUGGCCCCCCGUGGGAAUCGAACCCACAACACUGGCGUUGCAAGCGCCAUGCUCUACCAACUGAGCUACACGGGACUACUCUAAUCUACUCUACUCUACUCUACUCUACUCUAUUCUAUUCUACUCCACUCCACUCCACUCUACUCUACUCUAAUCUACUCUACUCUACUCUAUUCUACUCUAUUCUACUCUAUUCUACUCUACUCUACUCUACUCUAUUCUACUCUACUCUAUUCUACUCUACUCUACUCUACUCUACUCUACUCUAUUCUAUUCUAUUCUACUCUACUCUACUCUACUCUACUCUACUCUAUUCUAUUCUACUCUAUUCUACUCUGUUCUAUUCUAUUCUUGUUAGGUGGCAGUGCCCAGUACCCACUCCACCUCCUAGAGAUGUGGAGGGUCAAGGAUAGAAUGUCUCUAUUCAUAUCUGAACUCUAUUCAUAUCUUCAGAUAUAAACACUACUAUUACUGUGACCUUUAAGAGUAAAGGCCAACGUGAACGUCACCAGACUCCCACAAGAACUGUAGCAUUUUAUAAAGCGGAAUUUUAUCCUGUACCAAGUAAAAGGGUUUGGACUUUUCUAUUUGUGGAACACAAUGCAACACAACUUUAUCAAAGAGCUCAGCCCUUUUCUAUUUGUGGGAUAUCCUGGCUUUGUUUACACUGGGCUACUAUGUUUCACUUUCCUCAUGUACUGGAGAUGUAGGAGCACACAACAUUGGAUUAUUACACAUCAAUCAUUGUUUCUGAGGGAUGAAAAGGGAUAUCGAAGGAUGUGUUAGAUUUACUUAUAUAUGCAGUCAGUUUAUUCAUUGCAGCAUGCUUGUGUAACCAGUGGGAAUCAAACUGGGGUUUCCUGCUCACCAACCCAAAGUCUAAACCAUUAGACCAAGAGAUCAUCAUCAAGGGCCGAGAGCUACCUCUUUACAAGAUUCCCGAUCACCUUUGCUACAUUUGCUCUAUUCUAAGCCUCCCCUCCCUCUCUCCUGUGUUCUCCAGUGGUGGGCACGACCAUCGAGUCGCCGGUGGUACCAGUCAUCCUGGUCAGCCUGCUACCCUUAUUGAUGCUGGCGGUGGUAGUCAUCGGCGUGUUCUACUGGUACCGAGUCCACCGCCAACGCAAACUCACCCAGGAGCAAUGGGACAGCAAGAAGCCCAAACGCAAGGGCAAAGGUGAGGACCACCACAAUGGAAUCAAUCAAUCAGUUAAUCAUCAAAUCAAUCAGUCAAUCAUGAGAUCAAUCGAUCAGUCAUGAGCUCAAUCAGACAAUCAUGAGAUCAAUCGAACAGUCAUGAGAUCAGUCAGUCAAUCAUGAGAUCAAUCAAUCAGUCAUGAUAUAAAACAGUCAAUCAUGAGAUCAAUCAAUCAGUCAUGAGAUCAAUCAGUCAUUCAUUAGAUAAAUCAAUCAGUCAUGAUAUCAAUCAGUCAAUCAUGAGAUCAAUCAAUCAGUGAUGAGAUCAAUCAGUCAAUUAUGAGAUCAAUCAGUCAAUCAUCAAAUCAAUCAUACAUGAAAAUGCUUUAGUGUGUUAAUACUGGAAAAUUGUUUUAAAUGUAUUAUGUUGUUUCUGUCUGGAGAGACUGGCUUUACAUGUGAUUUAAUUAUCCAAUAGAUUCAAACAAUCAAUAAAUCAAUCAAUCAAUAAACAGGUCUGGACUGCAGUGAUGCCUGUGCUAUCAUGAUGGACGACGAUGGAUCAGACAGCAGCUCAACUCACGCCAACAACCUCAACCACAACACUGAACUCCUACCCAUUGAGCUGGACCUGCAGGUCCGCAGAGCUAUCUUGUUGUUGUUGUUGUUGUUGUUGUUUGUUUCUUCUUCUCCUCCUUCUACUUCUUCUUCUUCUUCUCUUCUUCUUCUUCUCCUUCUACUUCUCCUCCUCCUCCUCCUCCUCCUCCUCUUCUUCUUCUUCUUCUUCUUCUUCUUCUUCUUCUUCUUCUUCUUCUUCUUCUUCUUCUUCUUCUUCUUCUUCUUCUUCUUCUUCUUCUUCUUCUUCCUCCUCCUCCUUCUUCUUCCUCCUCCUGUAUUUAGCAUGACUGUAAGUCACUUUGGAUAAAAGCGUCUGCUAAAUGGAAUAUAUUUUUAUAUUCUUCUUCUCCUUCUUCUUCUUCUUCCUCUUCUACUAGAAAUCCUUGUUAGUGCAUGGCCGACUUUAGGGCUUUUCCCUGUGGUGCUCCUUUCAACAUCCUGUUCUUUUCUGCUUUAGAUUAGCCCUAACUUCUCACUUUUACUCCAAACACAGGGGGGUAAGGGUUAUAACCAGCUUUACUGUAUAUUAUAUUGACAUUAAGUGGGUAAGGGUUAUAACCAGCUUUACUGUAUAUUAUAUUGACAUUAGGUGGGUAAGGGUUAUAACCAGCUUUACUGUAUAUUAUAUUGACAUUAGGUGGGUAAGGGUUAUAACCAGCUUUACUGUAUAUUAUAUUGACAUUAGGUGGGUAAGGGUUAUAACCAGCUUUACUGUAUAUUAUAUUGACAUUAGGUGGGUAAGGGUUAUAACCAGCUUUACUGUAUAUUAUAUUGACAUUAGGGGGGUAAGGGUUAUAACCAGCUUUACUGUAUAUUAUACUGACAUUAGGUGGGUAAGGGUUAUAACCAGCUUUACUGUAUGUUAUAUUGACAUUAGGUGGGUAAGUGCUAUAACCAGCUUUACUGUAUGUUAUAUUGACAUUAGGUGGGUAAGUGUUAUAACCAGCUUUACUGUAUAUUAUAUUGACAUAACCAGCUUUACUGUAUAUUAUACUGACAUUAGGUGGGUAACGAUUAUAACCAGCUUUACUGUAUAUUAUAUUGACAUUAGAGGGGUAAGGGUUAUAACCAGCUUUACUGUAUAUUAUACUGACAUUAGGUGGGUAAGGGUUAUAACCAGCUUUACUGUAUGUUAUAUUGACAUUAGGUGGGUAAGUGUUAUAACCAGCUUUACUGUAUAUUAUAUUGACAUAACCAGCUUUACUGUAUAUUAUACUGACAUUAGGUGGGUAACGAUUAUAACCAGCUUUACUGUAUAUUAUAUUGACAUUAGGUGGGUAAGGGUUAUAACCAGCUUUACUGUAUAUUAUAUUGGCUUUAGGGGGGUAAGGGUUAUAACCAGCUUUACUGUAUAUUAUAUUGACAGUAGGGGGGUAAGGGUUACAACCAGCUUUACUCUAUAUUAUAUCUACAUUAGGUGGGUAAGGGUUAUAACCAGCUUUACUCUAUAUUAUAUCUACAUUAGGUGGGUAAGGGUUAUAACCAGCUUUACUGUAUAUUAUAUUGACAUUAGGGGGGUAAGGGUUAUAACCAGCUUUACUCUAUAUUAUAUCUACAUUAGAUGGGUAAGGGUUAUAACCAGCUUUACUCUAUAUUAUAUCUACAUUAGGUGGGUAAGGGUUAUAACCAGCUUUACUGUAUAUUAUACUGACAUUAGGUGGGUAACGAUUAUAACCAGCUUUACUGUAUAUUAUAUUGACAUUAGAGGGGUAAGGGUUAUAACCAGCUUUACUGUAUAUUAUAUUGACAUUAGGUGGGUAAGGGUUAUAACCAGCUUUACUGUAUAUUAUAUUGGCUUUAGGGGGGUAAGGGUUAUAACCAGCUUUACUGUAUAUUAUAUUGACAGUAGGGGGGUAAGGGUUAUAACCAGCUUUACUCUAUAUUAUAUCUACAUUAGGUUGGUAAGGGUUAUAACCAGCUUUACUGUAUAUUAUAUUGACAUUAGGGGGGUAAGGGUUAUAACCAGCUUUACUCUAUAUUAUAUCUACAUUAGGUGGGUAAGGGUUAUAACCAGCUUUACUCUAUAUUAUAUCUACAUUAGGUGGGUAAGGGUUAUAACCAGCUUUACUCUAUAUUAUAUCUACAUUAGGUGGGUAAGGGGCGCUUCGCUGAGGUGUACAAGGCCAAGCUGAGACAGCCCGGCUCCUCGGCGGACCAGUUUGAGACGGUGGCCGUGAAGAUCUUCCCUGAGGAGGAGUAUGCGUCAUGGAAGAAUGAGAAGGACAUCUUCUCUGACAUCGACCUUCGCCACGACAACGUCCUCCACUUCCUCACAGCAGAGGAGAGAAAGGUAGUGUUCCAUCCCAAAUGGCACCCUAUUCCCUAUAUAGUGCACUACUUUGGCCUAAUCACAGCCUGUAUUAUCUUUGUUGCACUUUACGGAAGGGAUUGCAGGGAUACAUACUGUAUACUGUUGUCCACUAGCUCUAUUAUGAAAACAUGAACUUGACUAUUGUUCCCAAGCCUGGUCCCAGAUCAGUUGGUACUAUCAUGCCAACUCCAUGGAUGAAUGUCAAGCCGAACAUGGCCUGACAAUGAGUGACAAGGAGUUGGCAUGAUAGUACAAACAGAUUGGCCUGACGACUCAAACUGAAUUCUUCCACUGCUCUGUGUUCGCUACGUACUUCAGUCUGAGACUGACAUCGUUAAAGUUGUGUAAGGUGACGUCCAAAUGAGGGGUGAUGUACAUAACAAAGUAAUCAGCGAUUGGAUCAUCUCUAACCAAUCAGAGUAUUAAAGCCAAUGACACAUUUUCAAAUCAACGCUUUACCCACAUGUGUUCUGGCUCUGGUCCCAACCCAUCGGUUUCUGGACCAAUCAGAACAGUUAGAAUGUGUUUGCGUUCUAGAAAUCGUCUGGGAGAUACUCAGAUCCAGACUCAUUGUGGAGAAGAAACUAACGUCCAUGGGCGUGGCGUAGGGUUAGGCCAGAGCAAGGAGCUUGGGUAGCCAGGCAACAAACAGACUGGCACUUAAGCUAAUUGUUCCCUACACCCUUUUAACAGCAUGAUUUAUCGGCAUGGUGUCUUUUGUCCAUUCUAGAUGUCGAAUCAGUACUGGCUGAUCACAGCCUUCCACCCCAGGGGGAACCUUCAGGAGUACCUGACCCGCAACCUGGUCUCCUGGGAGGAUCUGCGAGGUCUGGGGGGGUCCCUGGCCUGCGGGGUGGCCCACCUUCACAGUGACCACACGGCCUGCGGGCGGCCCAAGGUGCCCAUCGUCCACCGCGAUCUGAAGAGCUCUAACAUCCUGGUGAAGCAGGAUCUGACCUGUUGUCUGUGUGACUUUGGACUGGGACUCAGACUGGAUAAUACCCUGACAGUGGAUGAUCUAGCAAACAGCGGACAGGUGAGAACAACAGUUAUUGUUGUUGAUGUGAACAUUAUAACCCUAUGACAUUGUUUAUAGAGAUAUUAGAGUACUGAAUAAGCUGUAGCCUACGUCCCACUGUUCAGAGAGUGUGGUGGUUUAUAGAGAUAUUAGAGUACUGAAUAAGCUGUAGCCUACAUCCCACUGUUCAGAGAGUGUGGUGGUUUAUAGAGAUAUUAGAGUACUGAAUAAGCUGUACCCUACGUCCCACUGUUCAGAGAGUGUGGUGGUUUAUAGAGAUAUUAGAGUACUGAAUAAGCUGUAGCCUACGUCCCACUGUUCAGAGAGUGUGGUGGUUUAUAGAGAUAUUAGAGUACUGAAUAAGAUGCACCUCCCUUUCAGUGUUCAGAGUCUCAGAGAGUCACUAGACCAGAAUGGGAUUUCUUUAUUUACUGUAGAUGCAUAUUUGUGGUUGUAUGUUCUUUUUAUUCUCUCAUGAACGUUGUGCCAUAUGAGUUGCAUUUGUUUUGCACACUGGCUGUUCUCAGUGUUAAGACAGAACUGUUUGCUGACAGGGUAAGAGAGAGAGGGGGGGGGCAGAGAAAGAGAGAGAGGGGGGGGGGGGGGGGCAGAGCAGAGAGAGAGAGAGGGGGGGGGGGGGCCAGAGAGAGAGAGAGAGACAGAGGAGAGCGAGAGAGAGAGAGGAGAGCGGAGAGAGAGAGAGAGAGAGAGAGGGGGGGGGGGGGGGAGGGAGGGGGGCAGAGAGAGAGAGAGAGGGGGGAGGGAGGGAGGGGGCAGAGAAAAAGAGAGAGAGAGAAAAGAGUUUCAGAGAGAUAGUGAUAGAGUGAGAGAGAGCGAGAAGUGUUUCAGAGAGAUAGUGAUAGAGAGAGAGAGAGCGAGAAGAGUUUCAGAGAGAUAGUGAUAGAGAGAUAAAGCAGUGAAGAAAAGAGGGCAGGCUGUGUUGAGACAUGCAGGGGAACCCCCUCAGUCAGUUGUAUCAGUCUAUCUUCUAUCAGACUGAACUUUGUUAAUGUGUGCUGGUCUGAUGUAUGAUUCACCGGCUGGUAAUGCAGCAGUAGAAACAGGUGAUAGGCUAAGAGGGGGAUGAUGACUAACUAACAUACACACAUCUUUCCCAUACUAACAAAGGCCUAGACAUUGUUUAGGUUAAACAGCAAAGUGGUGUUUUCCCACUUUUCCCACAUAAAAACUCUCUCCUGGAAUCAUGUUUCCUCAUGAUCGUGAGCAUCCAAUAUUUCUAAGGCUUCAAAUCAAAGGACAAUUCUAGUCUUAAUUCUGGUUUAUUAUAGAUGUUUUUCUGAUUUUUAAAUGGGACACUGAUGACAGAGGCAGGAAAUGAGCCAUAAAAGCAACAGAAAAUAGAGCUGCAAGCAGCCAUGCCGGGGUUCAAGCUUUGGCCCCACAGCGCCACCAUCAGGACUAAUUGGACACAUUGCCCUUGGAUGAGCUACUACUGUACUUCUUACCACGUUUGCCAAAUAUCAGAACUCAAAAUCUAACAGAUCAUGCAAUAUGCUUUUGAUGGAUUUUGGACCAUGUCAACGAUGUUGACUUGUUCAAACAGCAUGGCAGUUAUAAACCAAUGAGCUUGCAUGAAUGGUUUUUCCUGUUCAACGGCGCCACCAUGCGGCAAAACUGAACUAUACUUAACAGGUUAGCUAGACUUAUAUCGCUGAGCAUGUGUGCCAAAUUGCAUCACUCUGAGUCAAACUGAUCAGGAGAACACAGUGGCCUUUACAGCGUCACUGUGUUCCAUCUGAAUGUACUUAGAUACUCUGUCUCCUCUAACAAAGUUAUUUGGUGACUCUCUCUCUUUUUCUCUAUCUCCCUCUCUCACUCUCUCUCUCUCUCUCUCUCUCUCUCUCUCUCUCUCUCUCUCUCUCUAUCUCCCUCUCUCUCAAUUCAAUUUCAAUGUCAAUUCAAUUUCAAUUUCAAUUCAAUUCAAUUCAAUUCAAUUUAAGGGCUUUAUUGGCAUGGGAAAAGUAUGUUAACAUUGCCAAAGCAAGUGAAGUAGAUAGUAAACAAAAGUGAAAUAAACAAUCAAUAUUAAAAGUAAACAUUACACUCAGAAGUUCCAAAGGAAUAAAGACAUUUCAAAUGUCAUAUUAUGUAUAUAUACAGUGUUGUAACAAUGUGCAAAUAGUUAAAGUACAAAUGGGAAAAUAAAUAAACAUAAAUAUGGGUUGUAUUUACAAUGGUGUCUGUUCUUCACUGGUUGCCCUUUUCUUGUGGCAACAGGUCACAAAUCUUGCUGCUUUGAUGGCACACUGUGGUAUUUCACCCAGUAGAUAAGGGAGUUUAUCAAAAUUGGGUUUCUUUUCAAAUUCUUUGUGGAUCUCUGUAAUCUGAGGGAAAUAUAUGUCUCUAAUAUGGUCAUACAUUUGGCAGGAGGUUAGGAAGUGCAGCUCAGUUUCCAGCUCAUUUUGUGGGCAGUGUACACAUAGCCUGUCUUCUCUUGAGAGCCAGGUCUGCCUACGGCGGCCUUUCUCAAUAGCAAGGCUAUGCUCACUGUUUGGGUCAGUCACAGUGGUCAGGUAUUCUGCCACUGUGUACUCUCUGUUUAGGGCCAAAUAGCAUUCUAGUUUACUCUGUUUUUUUGUAAAUUCUUUCCAAUGUGUCAAGUAAUUAUCUUUUUGUUUUCUCAUGAUUUGGUUGGGGCUAAUUGUGUUGCUGUCCUGGGGCUCUGUGGGGUCUGUUUGUGUUUGUGAAAAGAGCCCCAGGACCUGCUUGCUUAGGGGACUCUUCUACAAGUUCAUCUAUCUGUAGGUGAUGGCUUUGUAAUGGAAGGUUUGGGAAUCGCUUCCUUUUAAGUGGUUGUAGAAUUUAACGGCUCUUUUCUGGAGUUUGAUAAAAAGCGGGUAUCGGCCUAAUUCUGCUCUGCAUGCAUUAUUUUGUGUUUUUUAUUGUACACAGAGGAUAUUCUUGCAGAAUUCUGCAUGCAGAGUCUCAAUUUGGUGUUUGUCCCAUUUUGUGAAUUCUUGGUUGGUGAACGGACCCCAGACCUCACAACCAUAAAUGGCAAUGGGUUCUAUAACUGAUUCAAGUAUUUUUAGCCAGAUCCUAAUAGGUAUGUUGAAUUUUAUGUUCCUUUUGAUGGCAUAGAAGGCCCAUUCUUACCUUGUCUCUCAGAUCGUUCAUAGCUUUGUGGAAGUUACCUGUGGCGCUGAUGUUUAGGCUGGGGCAAAUGUGUCUAGAUGGAAUUUGUAUUUGGGGUCCUGGCAACUGGACCUUUUUUGGAACACCAUUAUUUUUGUCUUACUGAGAUUUACUGUCAGGGCCCAGGUCUGACAGAAUCUGUGCAGAAGAUCUAGGUGCUGCUGUAGGCCCUCCUUGGUUGGUGACAGAAGCACCAGAUCAUCAGCAAACAGUAGACAUUUGACUUCAGAUUCUAGUAGGGUGAGGCCGGGUGCUGCAGACUGUUCUAGUGCCCUCGCCAAUUCAUUGAUAUAUACAGUGGGGAGAACAAGUAUUUGAUACACUGCCGAUUUUGCAGGUUUUCCUACUUACAAAGCAUGUAGAGGUCUGUAAUUUUUAUCAUAGGUACACUUCACCUGUGAGAGACGGAUGUAUCAAAUACUUAUGUCAUGCAAUAAAAUGCAAAUUCAUUCCUUAAAAAUCAUACAAUGUGAUUUUCUGGAUUUUUGUUUUAGAUUCCGUCUCUCACAGUUGAAGUGUACCUAUGAUAAAUUACAUUACAGACCUCUACAUGCUUUGUACGUAGGAAAACCUGCAAAAUCAGCAGUGUAUCAAAUACUUGUUCUCCUCACUGUAUGUUGAAGAGGGUGGGGCUUAAAUUGCAUCCCUGUCUCACCCCACGGCCCUGUGGAAAGAAAUCAGUGUGUUUUUUGCCCAUUUUAACCGUGCACUUGUUGUUUGUGUACAUGGAUUUUAUUAUGUCGUAUGAUUUUCCCGAAACUCCACUUUCGCGCUCUUUCUCUUUCUCUCUCUCUCAGUUCAAUUCAAUUCAAUUCAAUUCGCUUUAUUGGCAUGAUGUAACAAUGUACAUAUUGCCAAAGCUUACUUUGGAUAUUUACACUAUUAACAUAAUUAAAAUAAUAAUCAUCAAUAUUGUCAACGGGACAACAGUAACAACAAUAACCAAGGGUCAAAAUAACCAUUCAACAAUAACAAUAUAGAGGACAUGUGCAGGUUUGUUGGUCUGUCAGACACUGUCCCUCAUCUUAUGGCAGGCAGCAACGUAGUGCGCUGCGAACCCACAGCUCUGCGUGCUCCCCCAACAGGACAGGUAGCCUAUUCUCAUCAGAGAGGUCUCUCUCUCUCUCUCUCUCUCUCUCUCUCUCUCUCUCUCUCUCUCUCUCUCUCUCUCUCUCUCUCUCUCGCUCUCCUCUCUCUCUCUCGCUCUCUCUCUCUCUCUCUCUCUCUCUCUCUCUCUCUCUCUCUCUCUCUCUCUCUCUCUCUCUCUCUCUCUCUCUCUCUCUCUCUCUCUCUCUCUCUCUCUCUCUCUCUACUAAAAGGCUAGGAUUAGUUAGAGACACACCUUGGCAUGUUCACACUGCCAAACUAUGUUCAGUACAGUUUCAUUUGAAGCUUGUGAACCCUCUGCUCUCCCUCUCCUUCUCUGGAAGAGGUGGGAAUACUUAUGCCAACUAACUAGAACUAUCUCUGUCUCUGUCUCUGUCUCUCUUCUUCAGCUGGGCACAGCCAGGUAUAUGCUCCAGAGGUUUGAGACUAUGUUUAAACUAUGUUGAGACUAUGUUGAGACUAUGUUGGGACUAGUUUGUGACUAUGUUGAGACUUUGUUGAGACUAUGUUGUGACUAGGUUGAGACUAGGUUGUGACUAUGUUAUGACUAUGUUGAGACUAGGUUGUGACUAUGUUGAGACCAUGUUGAGACUAUGUUGAGACUAUGUUGAGACUAUGUUGUGAAUAUGUUGAGACUAUGUCGAGACUAUGUCGUGACUAUGUUAAGACUAUGUUGUGACUAUGUUGAAACUAUGUUGAGACUAUGUUGAGAAUAUGUUGAGACUAUGUUGAGACUAUGUUGUGACUAUGUUGUGACUAUGUUGUGAUUAUGUUGAGACUAUGUUGUGACUAUGUUGUGACUAUGUUGAGACUAUGUUGUGACGAUGUUGUGACUAUGUUGUGACUAUGUUGAGACUAUGUUGUGACUAUGUUGAGACUAUGUUGUGACUAUGUUGUGACUAUGUUCUGGUAUGUACAGGUGGGCACAGCCUGGUGACAUGGCUCCUGAGGUUUGAGACUAUGUUUAAACUAUGUUGUGACUAGGUUGAGACUAGUGUUGUGACUAUGUUGUGACUAUGCUCUGUUGUGACAUGUUGGUCUAUGUUGAGACUAUGUUGUAACUAUGUUGUGACUAUGUUGAGACAUGUUGUGACGAUGUUGUGACUAUGUGAGACUAUGUUGUGACUAUGUGAGACUAGUGGACUUGUUUGAGCAGGUUGGGACAGUCCAGGUACAUGUGACCUGAGGUUUGAACUAUGUUUAAACUAUGUUGAGACUGGUUGUGACUAUGUUGUGACUAUGUUGUGACUAUGUUGAGACUAUGUUGAACUAGUUGUGAACUAUGUUGAGACUAUGUUGAGACUAGUGUGUGGACUAUGUUGGACUAUGUGUGACUAUGUUGAGACUACUGUCUUGUGACUAUGUUGACACUAUGUUGUGACUAUGUUGAGACUAUGUUGUGACUAUGUUGUGACUAUGUCUCUGUGUAUUACAGGUGGGCACAGCCAGGUACAUGGCUCCUGAGGUUUGAGACUAUGUUUAAACUAUGUUGUGACUAUGUUGAGACUAGGUUGUGACUAUGUUGUGACUAUGUUGAGACUAUGUUGAGACUAGGUUGUGACUAUGUUGAGACUAUGUUGUGACUAUGUUGAGACAAUGUUGAGACUAUGUUGGACUAGUGGACUAUGUUGAGACUAUGUUGAGACUAGUUGUGACUAUGUUGAGACUAUGUUGGACUAUGUUGUGCUAUGUUGAACUAUGUUGUGACUAUGUUGGACUUGUAAUGACUGUCGUGGACUAUGUUUUAGACUAUGUUCAACUAUGUUGGAGGACUUGUUUCUGACCUAUGUGACACUCGUUGGGAGUGAACUAGGGUUAGACUUGUUGGCCAGCUCUUUUUCGGUGGGACAUGCAGUUCUUGGCUCUGGUGACUCAGUUCAACUAUUCUGACUAGUUGACCUAUGUUGAGACUAUUGAGCCAAUGUUGGACUAGUUGUAAACUAGUGCUUGUGCCAUUACUAGUGAACAAUCCGUAGAUAGGCUCUGGACUCUUGAGACCUAGUUAAAACAUGGUUUGACUGUGAGCGACUAUUUUGACUCUUUGUAGGCUAGUUGGACAAUGUAUGACUAGUUGUGACUAUGUUCGACUGUUACAACUUACUUCCAGACUAAGUUAAGUGUCCAACAAUGUUGAAUCUGUCGGACUUGGCAGCUAUUUGCAACAGGCUUUAACUUGUGCCAAACUAUGCCCUCGUAAAUGUAUAUCCAGAUGUGCUCUGCUGUGGUGACUCUCAGAUCCACCUCUACGCAAACGACACCAUUUUGUAUACAUCUGGCCCUUCAUUGGACAUUGUGUUAACAAACCUCCAAACGAGCUUCAAUGCCAUACAACACUCCUUCAGUAGCCUCCAACUGCUCUUAAACACUAGUAAAACUAAAUACAUGCUCUUCAAUCGAACGCUGCUGGCACCCGCCCACCCGACUAGAAUCACUACUCUCGACGGGUCUGACCUAGAGUAUGUGGACAACUACAAAUACCUAGGUGUCUGGUUAGACUGUAAACUCUCCUUCCAGACUCACAUUAAGAAUCUCCAAUCCAAAGUUAAAUCUAGAAUCGGCUUCCUAUUUCGCAACAAAGCCUCCUUCACUCAUGCUGCCAAACAUGCCCUCGUAAAACUGACUAUCCUACCGAUCCUUGACUUCUGCGAUGUCAUUUACAAAAUAGCCUCCAACACACUACUCAGCAAAUUGGAUGUUGUCUAUCACAGUGCCAUCCGUUUUGUCACCAAAGCCCCAUAUACUACCCACCACUGUGACCUGUACGCUCUUGUUGGCUGGUCCUCACUACAUAUUCGUCGCCAAACCCACUGGCUCCAGGCCAUCUAUAAAUCACUGCUAGGCAAAUCCCUGCCUUAUCUUAGCUCAUUGGUCACCAUAGCAACACCCACCCGUAGUAUGUGCUCCAGCAGGUAUAUCUCACUGGUCAUCCCCAAAGCCAACACCUCCUUUGGCCGCCAUUCCUUCCAGUUCUCUGCUGCCAAUGACUGGAAUGUACUGCAAAAAUCUCUGAAGCUCGAGACUCUUAUCUCCCUCACUAACUUUAAGCAUCAGUUGUCAGAGCACCUUACCGAUCACUGCACCUGUACACAGCCCAUCUGAAAUUAGUCCACCGAAGUACCUCAUCCCCAUAUUGUUAUUUAUUUUGUUCAUUUGCACCCCAGUAUCUCUAUUUGCACAUCAUCUCUUGCACAUCUAUCAUUCCAGUGUUAAUACUAAUUGUAAUUAUUUUGCACUAUAGCCUAUUUAUUGCCUUACCUCCAUAACUUGCUACAUUUGCACACACUGUAUAUAUAUUUUCUGUUGUAUUUUUGACUUUAUGUUUUGUUUUACCUCAUAUGUAACUCUGUGUUGUUGUUUUUAUCGCACUGCUUUGCUUUAUCUUGGCCAGGUUGCAGUUGUAAAUGAGAACUUGUUCUCAACUGGCUUACUUGGUUAAAUAAAGGUGAAAUAAAAAUAAAAUAAAAUAAAAAUGUUGAGACUGGGUUGUGACUAUGUUGAGACUAUGUUGAGACUAGGUUGUGACUAUGUUGAGACUAUGUUGUGACUAUGUUGUGACUAUGUUGAGACUAUGUUGAGACUAUGUUGAGACUAUGUUGUGAAUAUGUUGAGACUAUGUUGAGACUAUGUCGUGACUAUGUUGAGACUAUGUUGUGACUAUGUUGAGACUAUGUUGUGACUAUGUUGUGACUAUGUUGAGACUAUGUUGUGACUAUGUUGAGACUAUGUUGUGACUAUGUCUCUGUGUAUUACAGGUGGGCACAGCCAGGUACAUGGCUCCUGAGGUGCUGGAGUCCAGGCUGAACCUGGAAAACAUUGAGUCGUUCAAGCAGACAGAUGUCUACUCUAUGGCUCUGGUGUUGUGGGAGAUCACCUCCCGCUGUCAUGCCAUCGGAGGUAUGUACGUACACCCACACACACACAAACACACACACACACACACACACACACACACACACACACACACACACACACACACACACACACACAAGCAUAACCCAGAUUAAUCCUACUUCCUUAGCCUUUAAGCCUUCUGGACAAUGCUAAGAGCAUGCUCAAUGGAGCAAUGGAGAAACGUCCAUGAACAGGCUUAAUAUGGGUCAGGGAAAGCGUCUGAAUGUUGGGGUGCUUGACUGAGGGACACGGCAAAUAAACAUUCUUUCCCACUGAGGACUAUUAGGGUAGUAGCUGAAUUAGUAGCUGAAUUAUGAUUGGCUCUUCUUAAACCUACACCAAAAUAUUAGCCCAACACCGUGUGGUAUUUCAUUUUUUACUCUCUGGGCAUUUUUCUGUCUCUAAUCCAUUUCAGACUACUUAGUGGUGUCAUGGUCAUGGUAGAGCACCUCAUACAGUAACUAGCAGUGUGUCAAGGUAGAGUACCUCAUACAGUAACUAGCAGUGUGUGAUGGUAGAGUACCUCAUACAGUAACUAGCAGUGUGUCAUGGUCGUGGUAGAGUACCUCAUACAGUAACUAGCAGUAUGUGAUGGUAGAGUACCUCAUACAGUAACUAGCAGUGUGUGAUGGUAGAGUACCUCAUACAGUAACUAGCAGUAUGUGAUGGUAGAGUACCUCAUACAGUAACUAGCAGUGUGUGAUGGUAGAGUACCUCAUACAGUAACUAGCAGUAUGUGAUGGUAGAGUACCUCAUACAGUAACUAGCAGUGUGUGAUGGUAGAGUACCUCAUACAGUAACUAGCAGUAUGUGAUGGUAGAGUACCUCAUACAGUAACUAGCAGUGUGUGAUGGUAGAGUACCUCAUACAGUAACUAGCAGUGUGUAAUGGUAGAGUACCUCAUACAGUAACUAGCAGUGUGUGAUGGUAGAGUACCUCAUACAGUAACUAGCAGUGUGUGAUGGUAGAGUACCUCAUACAGUAACUAGCGGUAUGUGAUGGUCGUGGUAGAGUACCUCAUAAAGUAACUAGCAGUGUGUGAUGGUAGAGUACCUCAUACAUUAACUAGCAGUAUGUGAUGGUAGAACACAUCAUACAGUAACUAGCAGUAUGUGAUGGUAGAGUACCUCAUACAGUAACUAGCAGUGUGUGAUGGUAGAGUACCUCAUACAGUAACUAGCAGUAUGUGAUGGUAGAACACCUCAUACAGUAACUAGCAGUAUGUGAUGGUCGUGGUAGAGCACCUCAGAUCCUGCUUGGUUCUCAGGAGGAGGAAUCUGUGGAAUGUUUAGAAUGUGAAGUAGACAUCAGAACACUUGCCCUUCUUUGGGCAGGAGGGGAGGUGUGAUGGCUUCAGCUGGCUGUGUUUGACUGCCCUUCAGAGUGUUCUGAGUGAGUGAGAGUGUGAGUGAAUGAGUCAGUGAGUGAGUGAGUUAGUUUGGAGUGGGAAGUGGGGUGUAUGUGUGAGUGUGUGUGUGCAUGUCAGGCCAUAUGUUUGAAAGCAUUGCAGGGGUUAGACAGUGUCUGCUUCUCUCUAACCUGUCUGAGACUGAAAUCUCUUUAUGAAAACAGAGAUAAUAGACAGAUAGAAGACAUUAUAAAUCCUUUCAGCUGUAAUGAGGCUUCUCAGCUUCCUAAUGCUCCUCUGAGGCUUCUCAGCUUCCUAAUGCUCCUCUGAUGCUUCACAGCUUCCUAAUGCUCAUCUGAGGCUUCUCAGCUCCUAAUGCUCCUCUGAGGCUUCUCAGCUUCUUAAUGCUCCUCUGAGGCUUCUCAGCUUCCUAAUGCUCCUUUGAGGCUUCUCAGCUUCCUAAUGCUCCUCUGAUGCUUCUCAGCUUCUUAAUGCUCCUCUGAGGCUUCUCAGCUUCCUAAUGCUCCUUUGAGGCUUCUCAGCUUCCUAAUGCUCCUCUGAUGCUUCUCAGCUUCCUAAUGCUCCUCUGAGGCUUCUCAGCUUCCUAAUGCUCCUCUGAGGCUUCUCAGCUUCUUAAUGCUCCUCUGAGGCUUCUCAGCUUCCUAAUGCUCCUUUGAGGCUUCUCAGCUUCCUAAUGCUCCUCUGAUGCUUCUCAGCUUCCUAAUGCUCCUCUGAGGCUUCUCAGCUUCUUAAUGCUCCUCUGAAAUGUCUGUAAAGGUUGUGGUUGUGGUUGUGUGUGUGUGUGUGUGUGUGUGUGUGUGUGUGUGACUUUUGUAGUUGUGUGUCUCCUGUUGUAGACGGGGCUGGUCUGAGGCUGUGCUCCCCUCAUGCCCCUGCCUGUCUCAGAGACAUACUGUAUGUCAGACCCAGUAGAGGAGACUCCGCUCCAGUCCUCUCAGAGACAUACUGUAUGUCAGACCCAGUAGAGGAGACUCCGCUCCAGUCCUCUCAGAGACAUACUGUAUGUCAGACCCAGUAGAGGAGACUCUGCUCCAGUCCUCUCUAUCCAGGGCUUAUCUAAGGGGGGGGGGGGCAAUUCAGCCUAUGUAUCUGGGACAGAUGCAGUGAAAUGGAUACUGGUGGAGGCCUGACCGCACCUCUCCUCUCCUCUUGUCUGUCUUUAAGCCAACAACAGCACGACUAGAGGACAGAAAUACUGCCCUGUUGUUGUUGUGGUGGUUCCACCUCUCUCUCUCUAUCUCUCUCUGUCUGUCUCUCUCUCUCUUUCUCUCUCUCUCUGUCUCUCUCUCUCUCCCGCUAUCUUUCUGGGUGGAAUUUGUGUGUCCUGAAUUAGCCCAGGGUUGCGGUGGGCCGAACCAGGCACCAGGACGGCCAGUCAGAGUGGUCAGAACAGGGCCAGUCUAUAAGCAGUGGAGUGGGACAAAGGUGAGGGGAGGACCUGUCAGUCAGUCAGCCUGGGGAGGGAAAGCCCCCGGCGGGUGGUAUGGGGCAGAGAAGGGCCAGGGAGAGGACCUGUCAGUCAGUCAGCCUGGGGAGGGAAUGCCCCCGGCGAGUGGUAUGGGGCAGAGAAGGGCCAGGGUGAGGACCUGUCAGUCAGUCAGCCUGGGGAGGGAAUGCCCCCGGCGAGUGGUAUGGGGCAGAGAAGGGCCAGGGAGAGGACCUGUCAGUCAGUCAGCCUGCCUGUAGAGGAAGGGGAAUGGACCUGCGUGGCCCUGGGGAGACAGAGUAGUCGGGUGGGCAGCAGCUGGGAAGCAGGUGGCAGAGCAGGACUGCCUGGGCCCCAUACAGCCAUACACACCAUUCGUCUCCACUGGGCUUGAAUUACCUACAGCAACAACAGCCACAGCAGCAGGCUAGCUACCCCCACAGCAGUAACACUGGCUAUGGAGCCCACUCCCACUCUCUCUCUCUCUCUCUGGAGGGAUACUGUAACUUUCCAGGCUCCCUCUGGCUUUUUACAAGGUACUGAAUUACUGACUGUGGUUGAUGGCCUAUACUCCCUGAGGAGUUGAAGUAAGGAAGUAUUUGUUACUGCCUGACACGCUCGUAACUGUGUGGUGCUCUGCACUGACAACACACACAAACACUGAGUGUACAAAUCAUGCUCUCUCCGUGGACUGACCAGGUGAAUCCAGGUGAAAGCGAUGAUCCCUUAUCGAUGUCACCUGUUAAAUCCACUUCAAUCAGUGUAGAUGAAGGGGAGGAGACAGGUUAAAUAAAUAUUUUUAAGCCUUGAGACAUGGAUUGUGUAUGUGUGCCUUUCAGAGGGUGAAUGGGCAAGACAAAAAAUGUACGUGCCUUUGAACGGUGUAUGGUAGUAGGUGCCAGGCACACCGGCUUGAGUGUCCAGCCAACUUGACACGACUGUGGGAAGCAUUGGAGCCAACAUGGGCCAGCAUCCCUGUGGAACGCUUUCGACACCUUGUAGAGUCCACGCCCUGACGAAUUGAGGCUGUUCUGAGGGCAAAAGUGGGUACAACUCAAUAUUAGGAAGGUGUUCCUAAUGUUUUGUACAUCCUGUGGACUCCUGCUCGUCAAACAUCUCUUUCCAAAAUCAUGGGCAUUAAUAUGGAGUUGGUCCCCCCUUUACUGCUAUAACAGCCUCCACUCUUCUGGGUAGGUUUUCCACUAGAUGUUGGAACAUUGCUGCGGGGACUUGCUUCCAUUCAGCCACAAGAGAAUUAGUGAGGUUGGGCACUGAUGUUGUGCGAUUAGGCCUGGCUCGCAAUCGGCGUUCCAAUUCAUCCCAAAGAUGUUCGAUGGGGUUGAGGUCAGGGCUCUGUGCAGGCCAGUCAAGUUCUUCGAAACCGAUCUCAACAAACCAUUUCUGUAUGGACCUCGCUUUGUGCACAGGGGCAUUGUCAUGCUGAAACAGGAAAGGGCCUUCCCCAAACUAUUGCCACAAAGUUGGGAGCACAGAAUCGUCUAGAAUGUAAUUGUAUGGUGUAGCGUUAAGAUUUCCCUUCACUGGAACUAAGGGGCCAUUAUUCCUCCUCCACCAAACUUUACAGUUGGCACUAUGCAUUGGGGCAGGUAGCGUUCUCCUGGCAACCGCCAAACCCCGAUUCGUCCGUCGGACUGCCAGAUGGUGAAGCUUGAGUGUUGCAACCAAGGACAGACGAUUUUUACGCGGUUCGCGCUUCAGCACUCGCCGAUCCCGUUCUGUGAGCUUGUAUGGCCUACCACUUCGCUGCUGAGCCGUUGUCGCGCCUAGACGUUUCCACUUCACAAUAACAGCACUUACAGUUGACCGGGGCAGCUCUAGCAGGGCAGACAUUUUACAAACUGACUUGUUGGAAAGGUGGCAUCCUAUGAAGUUCCACGUUGAAAGUAUCUGAGCUCUUCAGUAAGGCCAUUCUACUGCCAAUGUUUGUCUAUGGAGAUUGCAUGGCUGUGUGCUCGAUUUUACACACCUGUCAGCAACGGGUGUGGCUGAAAUAAUUGAAUCCACUCAUUUAAAGGGGUGUCCACAUACUUUUGUAUGUAUAGUGUAUAUAACAGUGUGGACAGUUGACAAUUCUAUAACAGUCUUAACAGUCAGGUUUUGAGUUGGAGUCUGUGUUGUACAAUAUUGACAGGUCUCUUCAAGUCUGAACAGGCUAGAAUGCUAGAUGCUAUCUGCAGUAUGCAGGUUCGCCUGUUGGCCCUGCUUCUCUGUCUGCAGCACUGCUGCAACACCACAGCUAAUGGUCACAUUUAACAUUAGCUACCUAGGUCACAAUGUGUUAGCCACAAGCUAACCUCCAUAAUAGCUCCUGUAAUUUUGCCUGGGACUGGGAGAAAGUUAAGCUAAGUGUCUGGUUGGGUUGUUUCCCAUAAUGUUGUUUUGAGGUUUCUGUUCUCUCUCCGCCCUAGACCAGACAGAGGUUGGUUCAGACAGGAGACCCAUGGAGGUUUCAGACAGACAGAGAUAA